GCUCGGGAUGGUGAAUGUUUUCCUCCCUACUCUCUGUGCGCGGGGCAACUGAGAGAAAAGCUGCUGGUUCCGUUGUAUUCAGUGUCACUGUCAGUUUAACUUCCUUCCUGCUUUUCUGUUGCUUACAUUAAACAAACAUACGCGGAGACGAGGUGUUGAAGAACUCAUGGGAGUACGACCAUACAAUAAGAUCUAACAUGGACCAGAAGAAAAAGAUUAACGUAAAUUCGGAACUUUUCUUGCGAUAGUAAGAAGCUCUUUUGUGGAAUGUGUUGAACAGCGUUGUCUCUGCCUGGAUCUUUCCGUCGUUUACAGAUGUUUUCUCCUCUGGAUCAACCGCCAGUUGACUUGGUAAAGCUGACAGCAGCAGACGGUGAUUGUUGAAGUCCCAAAAGGUUAAGGCUACUCUACUCUUGCCGAGACGUUGACGUCUGCCACACACACAGAGGACUGAGCUGAUCUUCUCUGACCACUGCCCUGCCCAGUGAUAUGGUGGCAUCCACGAGUGGGCGGACCAUUCUGGACCGGGCCUAAAUGGGCGCUCACACCGCGGGAGCCAGCCUGGCACUAUGGCUGCAUGCGCCCUGAACAGCCUUGUGAUGAUGAACACCAACAACAUGAAAGGUGAGAGCAGCCCUCGCACGGGGCGGCCCGUGCUGCCCGUGCCCGACCGCUCCACCUACUGCCCCCUGCUGGAUUUACCUUACAGCCCGGGCAGCGCCAGUCCCGGCUCGCCCGGAGCGCCGCCGUCCUUCGUGUUCCCGCCGGUGGCGAGCCCCGGCGUGUCACGCUCUCGCUCGCCCUACCGGACGCCGGACACCCUGGGCGUCAACGUGGGCAGCCGGGUCCGGCGCCUGAGCAGCGGACGGUUCGGCAGCGACGAGGACGACAGCGGUAACGGCGGCGGCGGCAGCGGAGGCGACUGCGCGCCCAACGACGAGAUCAAACGCACGGUGCAGAUCGUGCAAAUCCACCGCGAGCUCCAGAACGUGGAGGUGAACAAAAAGGUGGGCCUGUUCGAGGCGCAGAUCUCCGACCUGCGCGCCCAGGUGCAGAGCGCCGAGAUCCAGCGAAGCCCCAGGGCUCCGCGCAGGACCGGCCCCAGCUCUGGCCCUGGGCCAGGCCCCUCCCCCGCCUCCCCUCCGGGGAAGCCCUGCCCAGGGGGAGUCCCGGCCCCCCUCCGGUGGGACUGCCCUCCCAGUGUUCCCAACCAGCUCCUGAAUGGGAGAGGAUGUCGCAGCCCAGAGAGAGUAACAACAGCAGGAGCACAACCACCAGCAGCAGCAGCCGCAGCAGCAGCAGUGAAUGACAAAAAAAGAAACGGCAGGAACAGCUUAACAGCCACUGACCCAAAUACUGAACAGGGUGUUGGUGGUGGUGGUGGGACGCAGCUCGCGAACAAACCGGCCGCGACUUGGACAGGCUCUGACGGCUCGGCCAGAAAUGCUCAGACCGUAAGUUCGCUGCUGGGGGUCGCCAGCGACUUGGCCGUCGUCGAGUGCGAGGGCCUGCCUGUGGCGGCGGCGAUAGCCAAAACGCUCCUGCCAGCGCAGGAGGGAGGCGCGCCAACGGACGUCCAGGUGCAGGCCGCGGGCGGGGCCCGGUCCGGCGGGCCCGGCGGCGGAGGGGAGGGUGGGGGGGAAGGGGGCAGCGGCGGCCUGGAGCACGGCACCAUCCCGGCCGUCAUCGUGACGGACCACGGGAUGGAGGCCACCGGCGGGGAGGGUGGCGCCGAGCCCCAGCCUCAGCCCAGCCCCGUCUCCAACCGGGCCCUGCGGAAGCUCUCCUCCUCCUCGGCCUCGUCCACGGGCUUCUCCUCGUCCUGGGAGGAAUCGGAGGACGACAUCUCCAGCGACCCGGAACGGAUGGAGAGCCUUUCACCUUCCUUACUCCAGACCCAGCAGAAAGCACAUAAGUCAUGGAAGAAGAUCAAGAACAUGGUGCACUGGUCGCCGUUUGUGAUGUCCUUCAAGAAGAAGUACCCUUGGAUCCAGCUGGCUGGCCAUGCAGGCAGCUUCAAGGCGGGGGCGAACGGGCGCAUCCUAAAGAAGCACUGUGAGUGCGAGCAGCGCUGUCUGGACUGGCUGAUGAGGGACGUGCUCAAGCCCUUCGUGCCCGCCUACCACGGCGACGUGGAGAAGGACGGCGAGAAGUACAACCAGAUGGACGACCUGCUGGCCGAGUUCGACCUGCCCUGCGUCAUGGACUGCAAGAUGGGGGUCAGGACGUACCUGGAGGAGGAGCUGACCAAGGCCCGCAAGAAGCCCAGCCUGCGGAGCGACAUGUACCAGAAGAUGAUCGAGGUGGACCCCGUGGCGCCCACGGCCGAGGAGAGCGAGCAGAAGGCCGUCACCAAGCCGCGCUACAUGCAGUGGCGGGAGACCAUCAGCUCCACGGCCACGCUCGGCUUCCGCAUCGAGGGCAUCAAGAAGGAAGACGGAACGGUAAACAGAGACUUUAAAAAGACCAAGAGCCGGGAGCAAGUGACAGAGGCAUUCCACGACUUUGUCAAAGGAAACAAGAACAUCCUGACCUCUUAUCUCAGCAGGCUAAAGGACAUCAGGGACACUCUGGAAACUUCAGCAUUUUUCAAGACACACGAGGUGAUCGGGAGCUCGCUCCUCUUUGUCCACGACAAGCGCGAACAUGCCAAGGUGUGGAUGAUCGACUUUGGCAAGACCACGCCACUGCCGGAGGGACAGACCCUAAGCCACCGGGCCACCUGGGCAGAGGGCAACCGGGAGGACGGCUACCUCUACGGCCUCGACCACCUGAUAGACAUUCUCGAGGAAAUGGUGGCACAAGAGCCUCUCUAAAAGAAACAACACAAGCUUAAAAGAAAUGAGACAGAAAGAUAGAGAGAAUGACAGAAAGAAAGAAAGAAAGAGAAAGAAAGAAAGAAAGAAAGAAAAAAAGAAUUGAGGAGCCCCUGGUCCUUCUCCCGGGUUGGGUUGAAGGGGGCGGGGGAACUCGCACUACAGGACUUCCUGUUUUUCCUUCGAAAAGCUAUCCUCUAACCCUUCCCAAAAAUAUGAGACAAAAAAAAAGUUCAACAAAAUGAAGCGGGGGGAAAAAAACAACCAAACGACAGACACUUAAGUGAAAUGUGAAGACUGUUUUCUUAUAGUUUGGUAGUCUUUUAAAGGUUUACUUUCCGUUGCAGUAGGUAUUUUGUAGCCUAUAGGGAGAUGUACCACAGGGAUCUACCUAAUUUAUCUUUAAUCUAUCAUAGUGUUACCUAACAGUGUCAAGCACUUAAAUCUCACGUUAACUUUCCACAAUUACAUUUUCGACUUUAACUUGCGACUUUACAGCACUUGUUACAAGUGGUAGCAGUGGGGGUGUAACGAAAGCUUUUCACCUUGCUGUUCCAGGCAGUUAAAUUUAGCACAAAUCGGUUUCCUGUCCAGCAACUUUGCCAAGUGUCCUUUAGGAUUAGGAUGAAUUUAAGAUGUGUUAGUGUCUUAGUGAAUCUAUCCCUCCAUUACAUUUUAAUCAUUAUCUUUAACAUAGACUAACCUCUCCAAUAAUGUUUACUGUUUUAGCCUUAAUGUGAUCACAAAAAUCUUUUAUCAUGUGCCUUUGGUCAUAUAUAUGCUUUUUAUAGUGUACUAUAAGAAUGUAGCAUCAAGUGGUCUUAUGAAGGUGGUAAAUGACUUAUUUUAUUUACCGCUAGUAAAGCUCCAAAAUCAACAUUCCUUUUCAGUGAGGAUCUCCCUGAGGUAGCUCUCAGUGCACAGAGGGAGGAAGAGUCUUUCAGGAAGUGAUUCAUGGCCAAGUAGAAGUAGACAUGUCCCACUUUAUAUUUAAUGUCCUUAGGUACUGUGUACUGAAUUUGUUUAUCAAUUAGUAGUAAUUAAUAGUAUGUAAUGAACUAUAGUGUUACUUAAUUUAUAGUAUGGAACGUACUAUAGCAUUUUUAGCACAUGUUGCUGUAAGAUACUUAGGGUUAGGACUGGGGUUUAUGGUAUAGCUAUGUGUACUUACAUACUGUAGUAUUAUUUCUUACCUCCAUAUUAAGUACACUGUUAUAAGGACAUGUCAUAUAAAAUGGGACGUUUUAUAUUACAGUUACAAUGGCAAGUGCCUUUUGAAUUUCCGAGUGUCUGUUACAGUGCAUCUUAAGUGGUCAUCUAGAACUUUCUAAACAUGUCCACUUUCUGCUGUCUCAGGUGUAUGUAUAGCCAGAGCGGUCAGCUAAACUGUGUUGACGUUUUUGGAUGUGACCUAAGACAUCCUUCCCAGGACCAUAUUAGUGUCCAAAAUCCUGGUUGUGUUCUCUGUUAAACACAAUGCAAUAUUGCCUUAACUAAACUUGCUAUGACCUCCCCCUGCCCCGAGCCUUACACACACACACACACACACACACACACACACACACACACACACACACACACACACACACACACACACACACACACACACACACACACACACACACACAUCCUGUCAUUUAAGGAUGCUGGCUAGUGUGUUUUGUUUGAAGCAGGUGCUUACUGUUUGCAUGGGAUAUUUGCCAUGCAAAUCUGCCUUUCCAACACGGUCCUUCACAUUGAUAUCAGGUACCCACAAAACAAACUGCAGGAGAUAGUCCACCUACUCUAACAAUGCCACACAGUAAACAUUUCCUAGUAUCCCCCAAUAGCUUUGCAUUCAAUCAGUGUUUCCACAUACAGUAGGUUGUUCUAAUAAUGGACAAUCACUUCACAGGAACAAAUGUGACUAAGCACAGUGCAAUAAUCAAGCCUCUGGAAGUUCUCGACUAAGUCCUUUGUGCACAUGUGUGUGUACAUAUCGAAGAGAAGCCUCUUGCAUCACUUCUCCAUUCAUUGCUUAUGUGUGGAACUCUUAUUAUUGGUGGGAAUGAGUUACCUAAAGGGCUUCGUAAAACUUGAAGUAGGAACUGAAAGACAGGUUAGCAGGUACAGCAAGUGCAAGUUCCCAAAUAAAGUGGUCAGUUCUCUAAAAGAGUUUAAAAAAAAUGAAAAAUUCACAUCCAACUUACUCAGACAGGAUAAAGAUUUAGCAAUUUUACAAACCACAAUGUCCCUGCCCUCAGUCUGUGUCCAAUGUGGCAUAUGCAAGAAAGCAGACUAUAACCGGUUUUUGGAUACUUGUUUGACAGAUUCUCAUGCUGUUCGGCUGUUCAAGUCAUGUCUUGUUUGUAGAGAAAUAAUCUUGCCUUUAAAAAGAGAUUUAACACUUUCAAAAUUGAGUAGAUGCAGCUUGUAAACUUCCUGCUGUAUGUAGCUCAAGUGGUGUUUGAGAAAGUGAACACUUGAGAGUAUGUCGCCCUCUGCUGUCCUGGUGCUGUUAUUACACUGAACAAACUAGAGAAAAAGAUGUUGAAAGCUCCUAAUCCCCUCAUUCCAUAAUGGUUUCCUUCUUUCGUCACAUUAUGUGAGACCUUCAGUUACAGCCUCUGUUUUUUUUUUUUUUUAGGGUUUCAAAAUGAAUAAUCAUAUUUAUUUCCUUUACAUUUGUGACAGUUGCACAAGAACACUAAAUGUAGCUGCAUGUUUACAUGUCUACAAUUGGCUUCAAAUUCCUCCGACGUGAGCAUUUUAGUGGUUUGCUGUAAUAUAGUGCUCAUGCGUAGGUUCAUGUAAGACGACAAAAAAGUGCACCUUAUAGACAAGUCUAGUGGAACUUUCUUGUGGUCCAGGUUUGCUGGCAAGCAAAUCGCAGCUGUGUUUGUCUCUGGGCGAUGAUGGUGGACGUGCGCCGGCGUGUGUGUGCGCGCGCGUGUGUGUGUGUGGUCUGGUCUUUGGAGAUGGCAAAUGUCAGAAUGACAUUUGUCUGUUUUUGCGCUGGGAGAUUGCGGGUUCUGUUCCGAUUGGUGUUGUGACACUCCAGAGAUGUAUAGAGGCUCACCAUGUGCGAGGUCAAGAUUCGUUUGCCUUUCCACCACUAUGGACCAGUACUCAUGUCCAAUCCUGCUAUGUCAAUACUGCAAUGUGCUAUGCUUGGCUGUACAGUUUUACUGAAGUAAAAAUUGAACAGUGGCUGCAAUGAAA